AUGGAAGAACUAAAGAAAGAUAAAAUUGAUGAUAUAGGGGCCCCAAUUUCAGUAAAACUGAAGUCGCACUACCCAUAUACUAUUUUUCAUAGAAGUGAAAAAGCUCAACUAAUAUUCAUUUUGAGUCUUGUUGGAUUUUGGAGUACAAUAAGCUCGCCAAUUUACUUUCCUGCAUUACCCACCUUGACAAAAUACUUUGAUACUACAGAGGAUGUCAUGAAUGUGUCUGUUGUCUGCUAUCUACUACUGCAAGGUGUUACCCCAACAAUUUCAUCUAACCUUGCAGAUACAUUUGGAAGAAGACCAGUGAUUUUGGUUAGUAUUCUUGUGUUUGUAAUUGCAUGUGUAGCAAUUUCGCAGACAAAUGUAUACUGGUUAUUAGCUGUGCUAAGAUGUAUACAAGCCGCUGGUAUUGCACCAGUAAUUGCAAUCAGUUCUGGAGUGUCUAGUGAUGUUUGUACUCCAGAAGAAAGAGGCAGUAUGGUUGGAACUGUGGCGGGGUUACAAUUUUGUGGCAACGGAAUAGGCGGGUUAGUUGGAGCUGCAUUAAUCAGUGGGUUUGGGACAUGGAGGUCAAUAUUUGCCUUCCUAGCCAUUGGCGGAGGUGUAACUUUUGUAUUGGCAUUCUUCAUUCUUGCUGAGACAUCAAGACGCAUUGUUGGCAAUGGAACAGUUAUGCCCAGCCUUCUUAUCCAUAGGUGUCCAUCGAUAUACCUUCCUUCGUUCCAGAAAAAGCUAACCAAUGAUUAUGUUACUAUAGAGCCUGCCAAACCAUUUGAUAUAAUGGGUCCAUUUCGCAUCUUUUUCCAGAAAGAAGUUAUCUUGACUCUUCUACAUUCUGGUAUACAUUUUGCUGCUUGGUCUAUGGUCUUGACUUCGUUGUCGACAGAAUUAGAAUCGGCAAGGUAUAAUUACAGUGUCAUGCAUGUGGGUUUAAUCUACCUUCCACAAGGGCUCGCUUGCCUCAUAGGUUCUAUUGCGAUUGGAAAAGUUAUGAAUUGGUAUUAUAGAAAGAGAAUGGCUUCAUUUGAUAGAAAAGUUGAGAAUCUACCAUUAGAUGAAAGACCUGAAUUCAAUCAAGUCACAACAAGACUCACCUUGUGUGUGAUUCCGGCAGCAACAAUGAUUAUUGGAUUGAUUAUUUUUGGAUGGUGCGUUCAAUAUCGCCAACACAUUGUCUCCAUAAUAAUAUCAACUAUUUUAAUCGCUUUUUCAUCUGCUGUUUUAUUAUCAAUUUGCACAACUAUGCUAGUCGAUCUCCAUCCUGAACAAGGCUGUGCAUCAGCCAGCUGCUUGAAUUUGAUGAGAUGCUGGCUUGCCGCUUUGGGAGUUGGGGUCUUGGACAAGAUGGUUAAAGCGAUGGGCUUAGGAGGCACUUACACUUUAGUGGCUGGGUUGUGUUUCGUUGGUGAUCUAUGCUUGGUAUAUGUGUUAUUCAUUGUUAAGAAUAGAGAUCAACAUUAA